AUGCCACAGCCAUCUGAUAUUGUGGUUACUCCCAACUCCAAACAUGCACCCGUCCACAUGAUGGAGGAGGUUGAGCGAGCCCAGCCUGGGCCUCUCGUUGCACUCGGCUCUCAAGAACUAGUCUCCAGCGCAAUUACAGACAGCCUUCAUAUCCCUGUGUCACUCUCAGCUGACUCACAUAGACUCCACACCUACAAUUCUGUGAAAGAAGCGACUUCAACCAUUGGCUGCUCUCCACCUGCGACUUACCACCGGCCAUUAGUCUCUAAUGCAUUGGGUGGUCAAGAGUCUUGUCAGUGGACAGUCGGUCAUCCGCGGCCACCCUCCAAUUUAUCUUUAUCUUCUCAGGCAGUCCCAAUCCGUUCUGAUGAGGCCUGCCUAUCCACAUCAACUCCUAUAGGCUCAUCUUGGCAACCAGAAUCUGGAGAAGCGGAUCGCUGCCUGAUACGAGGACCUAGUGCUGCCUCGUCGACGUCCGUCCAGGAGGUGAUUAUAGAGCCUGAGUCCCUAAGUCAACCUGCUUAUCUGACCUAUUCUCAGACUGCGACUAUGAGAACCCAGCAAUUAAGACAACGAAUACUGCAACAGCAGAAACAUUUUCAGACUACUUGUCCCCAGAUUUGUCAAAGCUCUCAGCAACCGAGCACUCAGCAUCGACUUUCCAUCAAUCAUGAUCAGGCAUCGCCUAACCUUCGUUUUCGUCAAAUGGAUUCAUCGCUGGCUGGGUCAAAUGAACCCUGGCGCUCACCCCAGUUAUCUUCCCAAUCGGCUACGGAAACUCAUUGUAAUCCACUUGCUAAUGAAUAUUUUCUAAAUGGUUAA